UCCAAGAGAAGAAGGAAAUGAUAUGUUAGCUGCUGGAAUCACAACAGACAUGAAGGGGGACUGAAUGUUUUCUCUGCAAAGCUCAUGAACCCUUACAUGCAUUAGACGUGCGUUGGCGUCCUCCAGGUUCUCUACGAUGCUGUAGUCCAAUUUUAACCUGGUGAAAAUGGACUGCGCGGUGUUUACUGAGCAAAACACAGAAAGAAGUGUCUGUAUCGUUGGAUCGGAACUAGUGGAGAACUACACGGUUUACGUAAUCGAGGUGAAGGUUGGGGACCAUCGGUGGACCAUAAAGCACCGAUACAGUGACUUCCAUGAACUGCAUGAAAAGCUCAUUUCGGAGAAGAAGAUCGACAAACAUCUGUUGCCUCCAAAGAAGAUCAUUGGUAAAAAUUCUAAAACCCUUGUGGAAAAGAGGCAGAAGGAGCUGGAGGUGUAUUUGCAAACUCUGCUCAGCCGAUUCCCUGUUGCUGUACCAAAAGUUUUAUCCACCUUUCUACACUUCCAGUUCUAUGAAAUUAAUGGCAUUGCUGCUACACUGGCAGAAGAUCUGUUCCACAAAGGUGAACAGCUGUUAGCUGCUGGCGAAGUUUUUCUCCUGAGUCCACUGCAGCUCUAUGCCAUCACCCAACAGCUGAAGCUGGCCAAACCCACCUGCGCCAAUGGAGAUGCCAAGGCCGAUCUGGGCCACAUACUGGACUUUGCCUGCAGACUCAAAUAUCUCAAGAUCCCUGGUACUAUAGGAGUUGUGGGCCCCAGCAAUAUUGAGGAACACAGUCUACAGUUUGACCUCUCUGUCUUUAAAUCGGUGCUCCAGAUCGAGAUAAAUGACUGCAGUUCAGGACAAAUCAUGGGACUCCCUGCAUUAAAGCCGACCCUGGCUACACUCAGUGUUCAUCGUUCAGCUGCGUCCAUGAAGGAAAUUUUAGUUCCUGAAGCUGCUGAGUUUGCCCAUUGGGAGCCCGAAGGCGUGGACAUCGACUGUGCGGUGACGGCAGUUAUCCCAACCUGGAAGAUACUCACCACCCUGGACAUGAGCCACAAUAACAUCUGCUGCAUCGAUGAGUCUGUGAAAUUAAUUCCUUCAGUCGAAUUUCUUGAUCUCGGGCACAAUUUCCUGUCCGUGGUGGAAAAUCUCCAGUAUCUAUACAAUCUAGUGCACCUGGACCUGUCUUAUAACAAGCUUACUGUUCUUGAGGGUGUUCACACUAAACUGGGAAACAUCAAGACCCUGAAUUUAGCUGGAAAUCAGAUUGAAACCAUUUCUGGUCUCAGUAAACUUUACUGUCUUGUUAAUCUGGACUUGAGCAGUAACAAAUUAGCACAGUUGGAUGAAAUAAAGCACAUUGGAAUGUUGCCCUGUUUGGAAAAACUCUCCAUUGCUAGCAACCCCAUGUGCAUCAUUCCUGACUAUAGAACCAAAGUUCUGGCCCAAUUCUGUGACCGAGCAUCAGAGGUUUGCUUAGAUGGCACAGUAACCACUGAAAAGGAGCUGGACACCGUCGAAGUGCUGAAAGCCAUUCAGAAAGCCAAAGAAGCGAAAGACAGAAUGGCGAACAGAGAAAAAAAAAUUAGUGAUGUGCCCAGACUGACUGAUGCAGGGCUAAAUCCCUCAUCCUCCAGCUCAGUCACUGCCCCACAGUCUUCCUCUUCUUCUUCUUCAUCUUCUUCUUCUUCUUCUUCUUCUUCUCCACUCCACUGUGCCAGCUCCAGCCAAGAAAUAGCCUGCAAAGAUGACGCCUUUCUUACCAAAGAGAUAUUGACUCAUGUGGAUUCUACACUUACCCAACGAUGCUGUAAUAACUACCCCACAACCUGUGAGCUUGUACCUCAGGUUAAAACUCAACUUACUACCUGUUCAUCAUCAGAGAUCAAUUCUGAGCAGAGGCAUGAAAGUUUUGGCUGCUUUUACUGUCAAGAAAACUAUGAAUCAUGCACCAACAGAUGCUCCACACCAGUACUACCCCUCUGUUAUUUGUCCUACACCACCACCAAUUUGGACUUUAUCACUCGACUUUCCAAUUUGAUCUGUCAAACAGAUAUGCAGAGUAAAACAUCCACCGAAUGCAAGACCUCUACUGUGGAUGUGACUGAGCAGGGCAGCCCUGACUCUGGGGGCAGUUACUUUGAGAUGGGUCCAGAUCACGACGAUGAGAUCAUGGGCUGCUCUUCCUCCUCCACACUUCAGGACAAUGAAUCUGAGAAUGUUGAUAGCUCAAAUGUUCAAAUUAAUCUGAUAGUCUGGACUCACUGCAUCACUGUUGGCCAAGAUGGAGGUUUAAAUCAGAUGCCGUGCUGUUUGGCUGCAACGGAUAAAGCAUUGGUGGUUUUUCAGACAUGGUCUACAGAGACUCCACAUAAUUUGGAGGAGCUAAUGGACUGCAUUAAAGUUACACUGAAGCUGCCAUAUUCAGACAUGGAGGCAUUUUGGUUUGACAUUCCAGACACUUGCAUUUCCUUAAGUAUGAAGUCCAGUGCCACACGAUGGUACUUCUUCUCAGAUGGACAAAAUCUGAAAGAGAUCCACUCUCAUGUGAACUUGCUUCUAGAUAGAACAAAAAGUGAACAUAUCUGUGGACAGUCUCGUGUCCAGGCAUUUAUUCAGCAGUUUCUAAAUUCUUGGGAAAUUGAAGACAACGAUGGUGGAGUGAAAAGUGGAUACAUAGCUCACGUUCUGGACCAUGCCUCAUUGGCUCAAAGAAGUCAAAACAGUUCUGUUCCUUCUGAUAUUUUAUCUCUAUUCUAUGAAAGCCAGACCUCCAUCCCAUUACUUCUGUUCCUCACAACACGACAUCUCUGUGUACUCAAGGUUGAUUUUGUAGCCAUGUCAUCAAAACCCAAUGGAAAUUGCAUACGAUCUUGCACCAAAUUAACCAGAAUUCCACUUGCAUCUACAUUGCUGAACCCCAAGCAAAGUCAAACCGGUCAAAGCUGUUCAGUCAACCAUCGAUUUUGUCAUGGCCAUGUUUUAGAGCUUAUGGCCGGCCAUGAGCACCUAGCUGCCAUUUUCACUCUUCCUCAUGACAAGUUUCUAUUUCUGAAGCAGUUUGCUCAGUUUCGUGCCAGCCUUCAAGACAUCAAGACCAUCGCAUUGCUACAGAAGAGUAAACGCCACCGGAGAGUGAACAGCACAACGCCUAGCAAAGCUACCCAGGAAAAGAGGGUUUCUCAGGACACGAAGAAACCCCAUUUAACUCUGUCUCUGCUCAACCCUGGAGACUCACUUAUCCAGCAGCUCACAGAUGAAAACCAGUGUCCGUCCCACCUCUCUCUGUCUCCAGCUCUACGUCACCUCUCUUUACUGAGAGGCGAGGAGGUUAUAAUCUUCUUCCAUGACAACAUCGCAGAGGUAGAGAAUGAAGAGCUGAAGCACAUCCUGUGGACAUCUGUGCUCUUCUACAAAUCCCCUGAUGUGGAGGUGACUGCCUGCAUUAUGCUGUCCACCAAAGCUGUUUAUUUUAUCCUGGAUGAUGUUGCGUCCACACUCAGUGAUCAAGCUUUGAUGUGGAGCUGGCACCCGUCAGACCACAAGGACACAGAUUUCCUCAUCUCUUUUUGCUUUGCUAUGAAGCUGAACGAGCUGCAGAGUGUGAACGUCGGACUGUUUGACCAGUACUUCAGAGUGGUAGGGCCCUCUCCGGAGCACAUCAUCUCAUGCCUGACCAGAGACAGCUACAGCACACACCACUUUCUCCAGCAGCUGAUGAGUGUGUUGUCUUUACUGGAGACGGCGCCCUCCCCAGAGCCCUCAGACCAAGACUUCUACACACAGUUUGGCAAGAAGAGCACAGGCAAAAUGGAGAACUACGAGCUGGUGCACUCAAGCAGGGUGAAGUUUAUCUACCCGAGUGAGGAGGAGAUUGGUGACUUGACCUUCAUUGCAGCAGAGAGGAAGGGCCCUCAGGGACAUCCGCACUCGUUUAACGUUCUCUUUUACGCCCUGGUGUUCCAGGUGCAGAGCGGUUUGUGUGAGAGGGCCAAACUACAGCCGAAAAGCCUCGUUCUGAGUAGCACACAUGUCUUCCUACUGGACGAGGACUACAUCAGCUACCCAUUGCCCCAGUUUGCCAAAGAGCCGCCUCAGAGGGACAAGUACAGACUCACAGACGCUCGCAGGAUACGAGACCUGGACCGUGUGCUCAUGGGAUACCAACCAUACCCCCAGGCACUCACAUUGGUCUUUGACGAUGUUCCUGGUCCUGAUCUGCUGUGCCAUCUUACCAUGGACCAUUUCUCAGAUGAGAAGGAGCGUAAGCGGAUGCAGGGUGGUGAUGGAGCUGAGAGCGAAGUGCAGUGGUGUAUUUUUGUGCCCGGAGCAGACAGCAGGGAGAGACUGAUCUCACUCUUGGCUCGACAGUGGGAAACGCUGUGCAGCCGGGAACUUCCGCUAGAGCUCACAGGCUAACAGAGACCAAAAGGUUACAGAAAAUUAAGUCUAGAAAGACUUAAAGCCGUAAAAGUCGUAAAAGGUGAUUGGGCUAGUUUCCAGCUUCAGUUUUGGUCUCAGCUUUAGUUUUCUUUCUGAAGUCUUUAGGCCAGUUUGUAGUAUAAAAAAUGAAUGAUAAUGACAGUAUCGGUUAACAGAGUUGUUUCUGGAAAAUUAAUUUAUAGCAGCAUUAUUAAUAUCCAAAUGUAUACACGGAUACAAAUUCUGUUUUAUUCCAGAGACUGGAGCCUAAAAUUCCGUAUCAUUUAUAGGUCCUGCUUAGUCAGACAACUGAUAAGGAACUGUAGCAGACAUUGCAUUUCGGAUAUACUUCAUUAACUCACUGGUUGGGAUUGCUUCUUUGUGCCUGGAUGCCCCCAUUAUUGGUCUCCUGAGACUUGAGUCAAACUACCUAGACAAACUGCCUAAAAAGAUUGUAUUAACUAACAUUAAGCACAUUUCCGACAAUCUGAGCACGCACCCCCCCCCCCCCGCCCGCCCGCCAGAUUUUCUCAAUCUGUUUACUAGACCUGCAAAUUAAGCUGAACCAGUAAACCUUCAAAAGGAAAACUAAAGCUUAAGAAAAGCUGAAGCUAAACAUUGGAUAUGGUUAUCAUCAUGUAGGACAGAGGAAGGAAAGAAAAAUCCUCCCAGAUUACACACCAGAUUACACACACACACACACACACACACAAACACUUUGUAAAAGUCAUACUGAACUCUUUCAACACAAAGCAUCAUGGGAAUUUGUGCAGAAUCCACAAGAGUGUAAUACUUUCUUUUAUCAGGCUUCGUACUUUGCUCUUCUUCUCCCCUUCGCUUUUAUCUUAUUUAUCUGCUGCUGUGUAAAAUCUACCAAGUGUAAAUAACUGAAGAGAACUGUGUUAUUAAAUGUUGUAUUUUAUUAGAAGUGGCAUAAAAUGUCAGUUCCUAGCUGAUUUUAAUUACUGAAUGGAUUCAUAUGUUUGUUUUUAAAGUAUUUUGGCUUACUGAGCAGUUAUUUUGGAUUGUACAGGUUCUUUACUGUGCUUUACUCAAAUAGAAAUGUUUACAGGAUGUCACAUGUCAGUGGAUUUGAUUUUAUGCCAUUUGCCUUGGACAUUAGGAACCCAGCAUGCACUUUUAAUUUUUUUUAAAUAAAUAAAUGUGUUUAAUGCAAA